GUUAUCACUGGACUCACAGUUGUUGCACUUUACACACAGUUGUAUUAUAUGUAAAGCAAAAUGAAAAUUUAAUUAGUGAAAGCUUUUGUUUCCUCUCAGAUGAUAUGGAUCAUGACGUGCCACUAGUAUACCAAACACAAAAGCUAAUGAUGCAAUAUUUGAGUGAAAAUUUUCUGAAUGUGAUAAAUGUUGAAUAUUUCACUGAUGGCUGCGCUGGUCAAUACAAAAAUUGCAAAACUCUUUUAAAUUUGUGUUACCACGAAUUUGAUUUUUAUGGAAUAAGCGCAAAAUGGAAUUUUUUUGCUACCAGCCACGGAAAGUCUGCCUGUGAUGGAAUAGGUGGAACAGUUAAAAGGCUUGUGUCAAAAGCAAGUUUGCAAAGACCAUUGCAUGAUCAAAUAAUUAAUGUACAUAAGAUGCAUGAAUAUUGUAAGAGUAAUAUAAAAGGUAUACACUUUUUUUUCAUCAGCAACAUUGAAAUGAUUAAACUGCGUAAAGAAUUAUUUAAGCGACUGCAGCAUGCAAAAACAGUUUCAGGUACAAGAAGUAUGCAUUUUUUUCAACCAGAAGGUAAUAUGCAAAUCAAAGGGAAAAGGGUAAGUACUGAUGAAGAAUUUUCAAUCACUGCCUCUUUAGAUUCCAGUACUAACAACAAUUUUGAUGUUCCAUCUGUACAUAGCUAUGUGGCAUGUGUUUAUGAUGCAAAUUGGUAUAUUGGAAUGGUUUUGAAAGUUCAUGUGGAAGAAGGAGAUGCUACAAUUAAAUUCAUGCAUCCACAUGGCCCAUCCCUUUCAUAUUAUUGGCCAAAAAGUGAUAGUUGCAUAGUUCCUUUUACAAAUAUUCUUUGUACAGUUGACAUUAAUACCACAACAGGAAGAACAUACAAGCUCAAUGAUGAAUCAAACACUUCAGUGUGUAAACAAUGGAAAAAAUAUUUUUCUGCAACAGCAAAAUAGAUUUAAAGAACUAACGGCGUCUGA